AGUGCGUCAGACAGUGUGAGUUAAUUUCAAGAUUUUUUUUGGGAGAGAUUUCCUUGACUAAGAUGAAAACGUUACUGACUGUCAUGAUCUUAGUAUCAAUAUCUCAUGCGCUUCUCAUUUGGGUAAUUGUUUAUAUGUCUUUCAGAUAUCACAGCCAGAUUUAAAAUAAAAUGCUUUAUCGGUUAGCACUUGUAGUAGUUUACUGUUGUAAAUAAGAAAAUUUUUGCUUUAAUCUUAAAAUAAAUAUGCAGUAUAUUUUAUUUUAUUUUUUAAUAGAAAAAAAGAUUUUAUUCAACUGUCUUUGAACUGUUUAAAAUUCUUUUAUUCGGCUUUUUUAAAACAUUUUUUUUGACGAGACAUAAUAAAUAAUCAUAUUCUUCGUACUGACUUAAUUUAGUUCAGCUUAACGUUAAAUCGUAAUAGACCUGAGUUGUAAAUUGUACAGCUAACACAUCAAGCUUUCCUAUCUAUAAAAUGUUUUCCAUCAAUCACAAUGUUAAAUAACCAAGGUGAUAUACGCAGUUCACAUACAUGAGUACUUAGGUGUUUUUUAAUGAGUCAUAUUUGAAUACGGAACGCUUGUCCAUUAUAUGUGUUGUGGUCCUAAAGUUAUUUAAGCUUUUCCAUGCUUUGCGCUUUCUUUGGUCGCGAUUUGAAAGCUCACUUUCUAAAACAGGUAUCACAACAAUUAGUCUGCUUCACCAGCUAGUGCGAUUCAAAUCGAUUUUUUUGCUAUUAGCUCCGGUCGAUGUCAAUGGAUUUGAGGAGCAAUUUUUGAGGAGCAGUUUUAUGUCCAACCAGGUGUUGAAAUUUGACCGUAAAUUACUUACGGUAGAAAUGAAUAAUGCUUUCUCGCCACAUAUCAACCCAUUUCAUUUUUCUUUUGAUAAGAGCCUGGUGAUGUUCAGAAAGUAAGCACAUUGUAGGACUUUCAUAUCAGGCACUUUGUGCUGCCAAAGUAUUACAAAAUGCUUAAAGAAAAACAGCUGAUGUCGAGCUUAUUUAGUUUUCUAGCAUGUCUUCUGUACACAUCACAUGAAUCGCUUGCAUGUAGGAGAUUAAUAUAUACAAUCGACUUAUGUAAAUUCAGCAUUGUUAUAAGACAUAGACCCAACAUAAUAUUAACCAAGCUAUUACAUUCCUUGUCAGAGUGGCUCGAAAAGGUUCAUCAAUUGGAGGAUUGACCGGCAGGCUGACAGAAAAGAACAAGACACUGACCUGUCCAAUGAAGUUUAUGACGUCAUUACGGACACGCUGACAAAAGCAAGGGAGGGUAAUAAUAAGGCUGAACUAAUUUCAAUUUGUUAAAAUCUUAACUUUAGCUUUAUUUGGUUAGGCAAUGUUUUACAAAUGCUUUAUGAAGAAACAGAAACAUUGCUACAAUGGUUUCGAUUUAAAAAUAAAAAGCAAACUAUUAAAAAUUUAGGGGGUGCUUAAAAUAUGAUAUAUAUGUGCUCUUAUUGACCUACAGGUAUGAAUGCAACAGAUCUUUUCACAGCGUCUGAAACAGUUUCUUCUCUAGCUGAUGCUCACAGGAAGGAAGGUAAUCAGCUCUAGGAAAUGAGUUCACAAACCGUGUAUUUCCAUUUAUCUAUUUCAAAUUCGUCUGACUUUGGGUCUUUCUUUAACAUGAUACAUUCUUUAUUUAAUGGACUUUAGAAAAAAGUAACGUUAAAACUAAACGUAUAUAUUUUUUUUUAAAUAGGUAAGCUAUUUUCUAUCAACAUAUCAAUUCUCCCGCCAUCCCCCAUUUCCCCGCUAAAAUCUUGACCACAGUUCCAGCUGAAGAGAUUGAUGACCUCAUUAAAAAGAUAUCCACAUGAUUCGAUGGUGCCAAGACUGUGUCUGCCUUAUUCGAUGGUAGUUUUCAUUUUUUUAAAUAUCUUCAUAUUAAAUUUAUAAAACAUAAUUUCGUCACGAAAUAACGAAAAGGAAAGAUCUUUAUGUGUGUUAUUCCAUUUUAAGAUACACAUGAUUCCUAAUUUACAUAGCUCAUAUAAGAAAAAAAGAAAGGAAUAAAGGGCCACUCGCAACGAAAGGAAUGGUUUUAAAAGUUUUUACCCCCCCUCCAGUAAUCCCUCUCGAUAAAGAUGGAUAUAUGUGUCAUGUUUAAUCAAUAUCCUCCAGUCCAUGUUAAUACGUAUACGGAACAAACAAACUCAUUAGUUUAAACUUUUAUACAUAUUUAUGAUAUGACAUAAUGAUUAACUUCACAUAUUUACAUUCCGCAUAGAAUUACACAUUUUAACAUUUUAGAAUAAAUAGUUUUAAAACAAUUACUUUUUGCAUAAAGGAAUGAAAUUUACUCAUUAUAUUUUCAUAUUAUGCAUACAUUUUUUCGAUGUUUAAAUCCAUACCUUUGUUCAGACAUUGUAAGGCGUGGACAGAGUCUUGAAGCACUGCUUACAAUUUUUAUCUGCCAUCAGUUGUUAAGAAUAAGUAAGAAAUAAUUUCUUUUUAGAUUUUAACUUUUCUUUAUCAAUGACUGUUAAGAUCCUCUGAACUUUGAGAAGAGUAAGUUGGACUCUGCCUUAAUCCUGUGGGGUGGACUUGUGCAGAAAGGGAAACUACUCAUUGGUGAGUUACAAUUGUUGCCUCUAUGGAGGUUAACAUCUAGUAUAGCUAUUCUGGACGGAACUGAACUAUUAUAUUGCACUAUGCUUGGUGAAUUUUGUUACAUAUUUUAAAAAUAAGUUUGUAACAGAAAUGUUCUUUGCCUGUUCUUAGCACAAAAAGAAAUUAUUCAAUUAAAUUUGUGACGAUUAUUUUGUUUUGUGAUCGCGUGGCAUGCACGAUAAUGAAAUCAAUCCAAAUAUUUAUUUAUGUUUAAAAAUUAUCAUACAUUUUAAAGAUUGCGAAACUCAAACUAAAUAAAAAAGAUACGAUAAUAUUGGUUUUUUUAUUGAUCCAAAUAAAUAGAUUUUUAAAAAAAUUACAUUGCAAACAUUCAUUUUCAGCUGAUAAAUAAAUAUACAUUUAACCAAGACAAUCUUUUUUUAAAAUUAUAACAAUUUAAAAAGUAGAUAUCUAAAGUAUUUCUCUAGCCUAGAAAUCAGCCAUCAGCCAUACGGUGCUGGGGGCCGAGCGGUCUAUCAAUCCAAUUAGCUGGUGGUCUGAAGGGCAAUCCGCAGCAAAGCCAAGACCAGCAACAACAACAACAAAAACAACAUCCCAAGCACCCCCGGUGGAUGAGACUCCCAACCCUUGGACGGCAACACAUCUUUUUAAAGACAAACUCUGAGUUCAAACCAGUGGCCAGAGUGACCAAUAAAUGGAUUGUGGGCCCUCAAAUAUAGAAACAAAUAAUAACUCCUCCACAGACAAUUAAGACUUCUAAUUUAGGGAUCAUUUAGAUUUGACUUAUUAUUUUUCUUUAGGUUUUUUCAUAUUAAAUUUAGCUCAUAUUUUCAACAACUAUUUUGUAACGUCAAAGAAGUAUGUUAUUUAAACUUAAUAUUAACUAAAAAUAUGUAUAAAACGCUUCCUUUUUAGUUACCAGUAGGUGGAUGUGGACAUGAUGUGCUCAAAAUAUUACGAUUUUAAAUACCUUAGUACUUUUACAUUACAAUAAUAGCAUUCUUAAAUUUACAGUGAAUAUUCGUAAUUCUCCUAAUCUAAAUUAUUAUCUCAGAUUAAGUUUGUCUUCCAUUCUAAUGUUAUGAUUUCAUAAUCUUUACCGGAUCUUAGGACGAAAAUAUUUCCCGAUGUAAAAUUUUACAACAGUUUAUUUAAAAGGACACUUGAUUGAACGGAUAUUUUGAAUGGACGUUUGUUCGAAUUGGUAAAUUACUAUUCAGCACCUUCCCUUAAAAGAGAGUUUUAAAAUGAAUAUAAAGAGCUCUCCGUUUCACAAAUGAAAUUAAAAAGAAACCAGUAAGAAAAAUGAACGUUCGGAACAAAAAUAAUUAUGUUAGAAAUAAAUUUCACUUUCAAUAAAUUUUCAAAGAAAAAUUUCCCCUUCAAACACACAACUGUCGUACAUAUUUCAAGAUAAGGUUAACAAUAAUCUAUUUGUAUGUUCUAACUACUACAGCUGAAGGCAAACCAGAUGACGGUGUACUAGGAGCUAUCUCUAAGACAGCCAAGGCAAUCUCGACGAUAAUAAAGGACAUAGGUAUGUGAUAUCAAAGUAUGAAAACAUUGUAGUCAAAAUAUCACAUGUUCAUUGUAUUUUUGUUCAGAAGUCAAUUGCCUUUGGUGUCAUAUGCAUUAAAUUUAAUUUAGUCUAUUGAACUUUAUUAAAUAAUAAUAAUGUAACAAUAAAACUACCUAUUUCAAUAUAUGCAUAUAUAUCAUAUAUAUAUAUAUAUAUAUAUAUAUAUAUAUAUCAAAACAAAAAAUAUUAGUGUCUAAUAAUGUUAUACUGAAACAUGCUUAUCGUCAACAGGUGAAAUUAUAACUUAUGUUGAACGUUUUCCGCAAAGAGGUAAACAAGUUAUAUUUUUAAAAAAUAUUUGAAAGAAAAUUAAUUAUAUUGUUUAAGGAAAUAAACUAUUUUU